AAUAUAAUAAAUGUGGAACAAAAUUAGCAGCCGUGUCUGGGGGUGGCAGCUGAAUCUGUGCGUCGCCAAAGUGGCUUUCCCGAAAAAAUUACAACUACAAGGACAAGGAGGCUGAGGCUGAGGCUGAGCAAAAUCUAUAAAUACGAAUCUCCACGAGCGAUUCAGAGAAUUAGAGAACUUUCGCUGCAAAUUUUCAACAAAAAUUUGAAUGUUCGAGGCUGCAGAAACCUAACCGACCUUUAUUGUCUUCUGUAAUCGAGUUGGCCCUGGGCGUGAGAAUUCUAUCUGCUGCUAUUGAUGGGUGCUCCGAAGCAGAAAUGGACUAGCCAAGAAGAAGCAGCCCUGAAGGCUGGAGUUGUCAAGCACGGAGCAGGAAAGUGGCGCACAAUACUGAAAGAUCCUGAAUUUAGCAAUGUUCUGUAUCUUCGUUCAAAUGUUGAUCUCAAGGACAAGUGGAGAAAUAUGAGUGUCAUGGCUAAUGGCUGCGGUUCCCGAGAGAAGACCAGGUUGGCUCUUAAGAGGCAACAUACUACUAAAAAGGAUGAGAUUAUUGUGGCUCAAAGUACUGCUGUCCAAAGUGAAGAUGAAUUAGCAGAUGCUAAGUCUGUUUCUCUUUCCUCGGAUAUCAAGCAGUUUUCUGGCCCAAACCGAUCAAAUGUAAGGUUUGACAAUCUUAUAAUUGAGGCAAUUACUACCUUGAGGGAACCUGGUGGUUCUAAUAAGACAGCUAUUGCUUCGUAUAUAGAGGAUCAAUAUUGGGCCCCUCCAGACUUCAAGAGGUCAUUGUCAACGCAAUUGAAGUAUUUAAUAGCUAGUGGUAAACUGGUUAAGGUUAAACGGAAAUAUAGGCUUGCUCCAACGGUGCCUUUAUCAGAGAGGAGAAACUCUAUGUUAUUGUUGGAGGACCAGCAAAGAGCUUCUAUUAGAGCUGACAAGGAUGAAAUGUGUACACUUGCAAAAGCUCAAAUCGAUUUAGAAUUAGCCAAGAUGAGAACCAUGAGUUCCCAAGAGGCAGCAGCAGCUGCUGCUCGAGCGGUUGCAGAAGCUGAAGCAGCAAUAGCAGAAGCUGAAGAGGCAGCAAGGGAGGCCGAGGCAGCUGAAGCCGACGCAGAAGCAGCACAAUCAUUUGCAGAAGCGGCAAUGAAGACACUGAAAGGAAGAAAUCUCCCAAAGAUGAUGAUCCGGGUUUGAUGGAAAGAAGAAACUGCUUUGGAGGAGUAAUGGAGCUGUUCUUUCAUGGAUCGAGAUACUGUUCUGCAUUCUCUGUCCAGUAGCAUUAUAAGCAACCUCUUCCACACCAUUUUCAGUUGCUUCUGGGCAACUCGAGCAAGCGAAUCAUGUCUGACUACAAGAACUCUAAUUUCACGCAGGAGGAAACAUUGUAUGGGUUUAGUUAGUUGCAUGUAAAAAUGUCUAUUGCUUGUAGCGUAGGAGAUCUGUGGGCUUAGAGCUUUGUUCUCUGAUGCUAAUGAAUUAUUGCCAUUGUUUAUUUACAUUUGGUCUGAACCUAUACUGGAAACUUUGGAGUCGUACUAAUGUAAACAAAGAAAAAGAUAGGUAAAUAAAUGAAUUUUUACCAAAGAAAA